CUCCCGAGUUAAAUCCAACGUCCUGACCUUGUCUUGAUCGCAACUUACGUCCCGAAACGGAACUGACGGCGUGAGAUCGCGCGACUUGGUGCCCAACCCAACCCUUUCGUCGUUUUCCAUCCCUUGUCAAAGGCAGGCUGGGACAAUGGGAGUUGGGCGGACGCUGCUCUCGCUGGGCCUCGAUCGCCUGGACGAGAGGCUGUGGAACACUGUCUGGCAGAAUUGGUAUCUGGGCUUCACCUCCUUUGGCGGCCCACCGGUGCAUUUCAAGAUUUUUUACGACAAGUUCACGACGAAGCUAGGAUGGAUAGAGGAGCAAACUUACCAAGAGCUCUUCAGCGUUUGCCAGGCCUUCUCCGGCCCCGGCAGCACCAAGAUGCACUACUGUAUCAACCUUAUCCACGAUGGCUUCAUCCCGGCCACGCUCGGAUUCCUAGUUUGGAGUCUUCCCGGCGCUCUGGGCAUGUACGGCCUCGCCGUCGGCGUCGCCAACAUCGGCCAAUCGCUGCCCCGGGCCGUGUAUGCGCUCCUGUCGGGCCUCAACGCCGCUACUGUCGGCAUCAUCGCCUUGGCCGCCGUCCAGCUCGCCCAAAAGGCCAUCACGGACAAGACAACCCGCAUUCUGUUAUUUCUUGGCGCCGCCGCGGGUCUGUUGUACAACGCGCUCUGGUACUUCCCCCUACUCAUGUUCGCCGCCGGCAUCGCCGCUGUCGUGCACGACUAUCGCUGGCUGCACGGACCCGUCAAGGCCGUCUGGCGGCUGGCGACGCUGCAGAAGCUUAGGGGAAGGGGCGCCCGGGCGGCUAGAGAUGACACGGUCGAGAUGCAGCCGGCAGGGUCAGCGCAGCCCGAGAACGGCGGGGGGAUGCCAACAACUUCCCGCCCGCCGACAGGUGACCAGGGCCUGACGCGCAGGUUGCCUGGCUCGAGCCAGGAAGCGGCGGGUUCGGCAGCCACAAGCCCCGUGGCAGGGGAACCCGACUCGCAUCAACCUGAAAGUCGGGCCGUGCCGGACUCUCACCAGCUCGACAUGUCGUGGCAGUUCGGGCUAUUCAUAAUCGUCUGUUUCUUCAUCUCGUUCAUCGUCAUCAUGGUCCUGCGCGGCAUCUCCCUGCCGGGCGGAAAGUCGAUUUUGUACAGCCUGUUCGCCAACAUGUACCUUGCCGGAACCAUCAUUUUCGGCGGCGGCCCCGUCGUCAUUCCCCUCCUGCGGGAAUACAUCGUGGCGGAAGGGUGGGUGAGCCCCCGUGACUUUUUGGUCGGCCUCGCCAUCAUCCAAAGUUUCCCGGGCCCGAAUUUCAACUUUGCCGUCUAUCUCGGCGCGUUGACGGCGUCCAACGCGGGAUACAAUCCAGCCGCGGGCGCGGUGCUGGGGUAUCUCGGCAUAUUCCUCCCGGGUCUCAUCACGGUGCAUGGCACGAUCGGUGUGUGGAGCGCUAUCCGGGGUCUGCGAUGGGUCAAGUCUGGGCUCAGGGGCGUCAACGCGGCUGCGGUCGGGCUGAUCUUUACGGCCGUGUACCGGCUGUGGCAAAUCGGCUGGAUCGACGAGGGCUUCCAGAACGGUACGAGCCUGGCCGACGACCCUUGGUGGGUUGUGGUGUCGGCCACGAGUUACGUCGGUGGUGCCUGGUUCGGCGUCAACGCACCUAUCGCGAUUCUUUUCGGCGCAGUCCUAGGUCUUGUUCGAUACGGGGUUAUCUCUGGGAGCUAGUUUGGCUAGGGGGUUAAUGUGCAUGUAUCUUGAUGCGGUGUCCCCUUUGUGCAACGAGAAUGUUUCCGUCGACACAGGCAAAACACCCAGCGGAAGUAAUGCCUUGAAACAAGAGCCAGAAGGGGGCGGAAACAAUACACUCCGGCCUUAAUACAAUUCAUGGAGCCUUUCGGCUAGGAUAGUCUCACCACUGAACCACCACAUCCGCCAAGCCGUCAUUGACGGUGCUCAGACGUAUCUUGGCGGUCGACGCUCCCUCUCCACAUCCCAGGGCGACGUCUUUUAGGGGGAGAAUGUCCGCAGCGUCCGUAGUCGAACAGUAUGUCGUCCCCGCCGUGCCAGUAGGCAUUUGCAGACUAGUACAUAAGCGGCCCAGAUAGAUUCGAG